AAUUCUCUGCAAUAACAAUCUUCGGUUUGUCCCUACCGAACUCACGUGUCUUGUCAAUCUCCGUCAUCUUGACAUGUCUAAAAAUGCAAUAAAAUGUGGAAGCUCGCAAGACACGAGCGGAUUUCCGCCAGAAUUGACGUGUUUAAAACACCUCCAAACACUCAUUUUGGCCGACUGCAAUCUCGCUCAUGUGCCCCCGACGGUGUGGCUUUUCAAAUCCAUUACAUUCCUUGAUUUGUCGAGGAAUUCCAAAUUGACGGUAGGAAUUGGCUAAUUUCAGGAAAUUGUGCCAGAAAUUGAGUAUCUGAGUUCACUUUGUAGACUAAAUUUAUCGUACACUGGUCUUAGUACCCUGCCUCUGGAGAUUGGGCGGUGUGUCCAGCUGAGGGAACUCUUAUUGUGGGGAUGUCCGAUCGGAUUCCUCCCCGACACCCUCAAGAGACUGCCCAAGAUACUCGAUAUGAGUCACAACAAUAUCAAAGCAUUCCCACUACUCGAGUCGCCUGUCAAAAGUCUCCGAGUUCUCAACAUGGAAGGAAACAAAGUCAAAUCUCUCUCAAACUCGAUUGUCCUUUUGGAGAAUUUAGAAGAACUUAAUUUAAACCACAACAAGUUGGGAGUCCUCACCCCUCAAAUAUGUGCUCUUAAACACCUAAAAAGCCUUCUUCUUCGAGGAAACAGAUUGUCGGCUAUUCCCGACAGUGUCUGUUUAAUCAUUUCUCUGGAAACUCUGGAUGUGUCUGAAAACAGUCUGGUCAAGCUACCUCACAACAUUCACAUGUUAAGUAACAUCAAAUCAAUGCAUCACUUUGAUAGAGUGGGUUUGUGGCUGACGGGGAACCCCAUUUCUGAACCCCCAGAACACGUGUGGAAGUCUCAUGAUGUCAAAAAAUGUUUUGAGUUUAUGAGGGAAUAUUCAAUCAGAAUAUCGCCACAUUGUCAGUCAAGAAAAGUAAUGAGUCGAAUCCCAGUUUUAGGUUGUCUUUCUGGGGGAUAACAGAAAGUCCCAAAUUGUUCACAAUUUAUUGUACUCCCGCACAUUGUUCGAGAUGGUCGAGGACAGUCAGGCGGACAUUGGGAUCUAUUCUCUGUGCACAAAAAACAAUUUGAAUUUCAUUUUGUACGACACCAAGUCUACUGACUUUAUGAGCAUGUUGGUAAGUCCUCACUCCCUCGUGCUCCUCACUUUUGAUAUCGACUCAUACACGGAUUCCCACUUCCACUCUCACAUUGGGGAGUUGCUCAGACUUGUUUGUCUCCAAUCCUCAAGUUGGGGACUUUUUUGACUCUUAGAUUCGAAAAUAGUCCUCGUUGGGAUUACACGGACGGGAAACGACUCCUUUCCUCUGGCAGUACUUCACAAGGCCAAUGAGCACGUGAAGCAAAUCAGGUGCCUGUCCUAGUGCAUUGUAGAGACGAGAUCCUCGACCAACUCGCCAACUAUGACCCACAGUCGAUCGUCCCAAUUGAAGAAUAUCGAAAACAAGUCGAACUUUUGGCAGAAAAUAAUAUUAUUUCUGAAACAGUGAUUGUAACAGACACUUUGGACACUUUUUACCCUUGGAAGGAACCAUUUGAAAAGUCCCUGGAAAGAUUGGAUCAAACAAACCUCAAUCACCGACACGUGUUUCCCAAUGGAGAGAAAGCCUUCAAAAAACUCAAACGGGACCGAAAUUUAUUUGUGACUUUGGAGGAGGCUCAGACAGUAGGCAAAUCUGAGGGGAUUUACAGCACGUUUUGGGAGUGGAUUGAGUCUUUGAAUGACUCCGGACGUGUCAUUUUAGUCCGUUCAGCCUCCAUUUUGGUGGUCAACCCAAAACAGUUUUUUCAAAUCCUCGGUCGGUUGUCCACACUUUCCACAUGUCAGUCAAAAUUGGAAAGAAUUUGGAAAUAUUUGUGUCCCACUCGCAAUUUUUUCCGUGAUUUCACCGCCUUUAUUCAACGUGGUGAAAUGAGUCUAUGCCUCCUGAAAACUCAACUUUUCGAACUCGGAAUUGAAGACACAGAAAACGUGGCCUCCCUUCUCGAAUCACUCAACCUAAUCAUCCCCGACCCCUCCAUCGAUGCCUACAUAGUUCCCGCCUUUGCCAGACAGUGUGGACGGUCCUCAAAAAAGGGGUACCCGACUUUUGAAAAG